AGUCAUUUCACCAUUUUCGCUAGUCUUGCAGUUAUGAUAAUUUUGUUUGUAAUGGCUAUGAUUUAUAUGCACAAAAGAUCAAGCUUCAUCUGCGUUGAAAAAGGAGACACAUUAUGCAGCAAGAGAGUAAACAAAAAUUCUAAGGACAAUACAUUCCAAGACAAAAGUCCAGCUUCUGAUGGAGACAGCAGUCAUGGAGAAAGCAUCGACAAAAAGAUCCGUCGGUGGUCAUAUCCAUUGGAAGGAAAGAGAGAGAAGGGCUACUCAAUACAAAUUCUCAAAGCUUUGGAAAGUGUAAAGAAGAAUUUGCCAAUUACUCCAAGGGAUGUUACAACCACAUGUAACGAUGGUGCAAAAGAGUUGACUGAAAAAGACCUUUGGAAGGCUUCAAAGUACCUGGUACCCAAGAAACUUUACAUCAGUGUCGUUAGGGAACUCGGACUUCUUGAAAUAGACAUACAGGUGAUACACAUAGACUACAAGAGAGAAUCUGUACAAGAAAUAGCUUACCAGACCCUACUGCAGUUAAAAAAGAAGAAUGGAUGCAUAAUGAAAGACACUUUUAAGAAUGCUAUUACACAAUAUGAUCAAGAAGCUUGGAAUAACAUUAUACAAAGUUGUCAGUAAAGCAGACAGAGGUGACAUGUACAAUGAAAUUUUAUGGGUUUUUUUUACUCUAAUAGAGAU